AUGUAUUUGUUUUAUUUUGAAUAUAGAAAAUCUACUUUUUUAAGUGAUAAAAAAUAUAAAAUAUUGAUAGACGGUUUAAUGAAUUUAAUAAAUGAAUGGCAGAAGUAUUGUGAUGAUUGUUAUUUUUAUCAGAUUGCACAAAAAUGCAGAAGCUGUUAAUUAAAUAGAGUAGAUAAAAAUGAAAACUAUUUGUGCCAAUAUGAGACAUCAGAUUAAUCAAAAUGCGAUGAACCUUGCAAUGGCUUAGAUUGUAUAGCUUGUGUAUAUGGUUUUAGCAUAAUUUGUCCUGAUAAUACGCAGUACAUCCUCUAUAGUUUGUACUACAUGUACAGACACCUAUACUUUUGCAUAAACUUGCAAGAUGUGAAUUUAAGGUUGUUUAAAAUGUACUGCACCAAUUGAUUGUUCUACUUGCAUAAAAGGGUUUUAUUAUAGAGAUAAUUCUUGCUAAAUUUUUACAUUUAAAAUCUAUAAAUAAUAUAUACAUCAGAUUGUAUAAAAUGCUAAGCAGAAAACGAUUGUAAUAUUUGUGUUACUGGAAAAUAUAGUAACUUUUUGGAUAAUGUGAAGAUUUUCCUUCAAUUUGUACAUCUUGCACUUUGAGCGAUGAUUGUUAAUCAUGUAUUGAUGGUGAAAAAGUGUAUGUUCAAAAUGCUUAAAUAGUUCUCAAUGCAUUUAAUGCAUAACUGGGUAUUAUGUAAAAGGAUACAAAUACGCAGAUAAUUGUACAACUUGUUUUGAUUUAUCAAAUAAUUGUGCUUCACGUAUUUCCUCUUACUCAUUAAUAAAGAAGAAAUGGAUCAAAUGUACAAGUUCUGCGACAUGUGUUAGAAUUCUUGCACUGA